AACCGACUUCCUUCAUAACGCAACCCCGCCCGCCCGACUGACUGACAACACAAGACAACGAAGAUCCAUCCGCUCCUCGGGCGUCUGACCAAUUCUGCCACAGAGAAGGAGAGGAGGAAGGACUAUGUUAGCUUAGUGCUGCUGGUGACUGUUAGAGUGUGUAACAUGCUGACUAGAUCAGUUGGCAACCAACUUUAAGAUGCAUUACCAGCACCAACUGGUUUGGAGUGUGGACCUCAGAUUUGCUUUCAAUCACCCACGUGGGUAUAUGCUCCUAAAAACCAGCGAGGAGAUGGGAGAGCCAGGACUUGCAGUUUGGAUGAAAUUAUUGAAUAACAGGAAUCAAGGUUGCUGAGGGUGAGAGGUGAGAGUUGAAGGGUCGGCAGCGCAGCAGGCAUGCAGAGCAUUAAGUGUGUAGUGGUGGGCGACGGUGCCGUAGGGAAGACCUGUCUGCUCAUCUCCUACACAACUGGAGCCUUCCCUAAGGAAUAUAUACCCACCGUGUUUGACAAUUAUAGCAGCCAGGUGACAGUAGACGGGCGCUCCAUCAGUCUGAACCUGUGGGACACGGCAGGUCAGGAGGAGUAUGACCGUCUGAGGACCCUGUCCUACCCUCAGACCAACAUCUUCAUCAUCUGCUUCUCCAUCUCCAGCCCCGCUUCCUAUGAGAACGUCAAACACAAGUGGCACCCAGAGGUGUCCCACCACUGCCCCGGUGUGCCUGUCCUCCUGGUAGGCACUAAGAGCGACCUGCGUAACGAUGAGGAGACCCAGCGCAAGCUGAAGGAGCAGAGCCAAUCUCCUGUCACUCAUCACCAGGGGGCGGGACUGGCCCGUCAGAUCCAAGCCGCCCGCUACCUGGAGUGUUCCGCCCUCAACCAGGAUGGGAUCAAAGACGUGUUCGCUGAGGCCGUCCGAGCCUUCCUCAACCCCCAGCACACCACCAGCAAGAGGUCCUGUAGGCUACUGUAGAGAGAGAGAGAAAGAGUAAAGGAGGGGUAAAAAAGACUGAUGUUUGCUGAGGCCAUCCAAGCCUUCCUCGACCCCCAGCACACCACCAGCAAGAGGUCAAGAAGGGGAAAGAAGGGUGGUUAGCUAGAUGAAGAGACAGAAGGGGGUGGGCAGUUGAAACUGAAAAACUUACUGCAACAAUGGAAAUAAUAAGAAUGUACAUGACUAUGGUAGAAUAAUUCAGUUACAUGUAAAUAUGACAGGAGAACAGUAUUCUCUUUUCCCCCAGUGACCGACGAGCCUUACUAUUGGGAAGAGGGAGGGGCAACUGCACUCUGCAAAUGACGAAUUACAGUGAUCUGUUAUCAUGGACACUUGGGCAGUUCUGAUAGGCCAGAGCAGUGUCACUCAACGGCUUUACCAGAGACUGAUUGGUCUGUGAUGGUGGCGUCUACUUUCUCUUCCCACUCCUUGACCCUAGUCUCUUUUCCUCUUAUUCCAGUUUUAGAGCUCAGUAGAAACCCAACUAAAGCAUAUGUAAAGCAUAUUGAGAAAAAUCAUGAUGAGCCAUGCCUCUUUCAAUUCCCAGAAAAGAGCCUUUAAUAUUUGUUUGUUUGUAAAUCAAAAAUGUGCCUUGUGUGUUGACGCUGGCUGCCUCUGUUCAGGCCAGAGGUUAGAGGUCGCAGAUGAAGCUGGGGAGCUGAGAGGUUGUGUCCCAAAAGUUGUGAAACCUUUUUUCCACGACCGCUGAUCUUCCUUCAUAUCUUCCCUUAUAUCAUAAUCAUUCGCAAGGAGAUUCCUGCAAAAAUAUUAUUUGAAGUUGUAUACUACGAAGCAAGCUAGAUCUACUCAGGCUUUUAUAACGCUAGCCAGCUUCAGUUAGCGUCACAUUCCAGAUCAGGCUUUUAUGAAGUUAGCCUACUUCAAUUAGCUUCACAUUCCAGAUCAGGCUUUUAUGAAGCUAGCCUACUUCAAUUAGCUUCACAUUCCAGAUCAGGGUUUUAUGAAGCUAGCCUACUUCAAUUAGCUUCACAUUCCAGAUCAGGGUUUUAUGAAGCUAGCCUACUUCAAUUAGCUUCACAUUCCAGAUCAGGCUUUUAUGAAGCUAGCCUACUUCAAUUAGCUUCACAUUCCAUAUCAGGCUUUUAUGAAGCUAGCCUACUUCAAUUAGCUUCACAUUCCAGAUCAGGGUUUUAUGAAGCUAGCCUACUUCAAUUAGCUUCACAUUCCAGAUCAGGGUUUUAUGAAGCUAGCCUACUUCAAUUAGCUUCACAUUCCAGAUCAGGCUUUUAUGAAGUUAGCCUACUUCAAUUAGCUUCACAUUCCAGAUCAGGGUUUUAUGAAGCUAGCCUACUUCAAUUAGCUUCACAUUCCAGAUCAGGGUUUUAUGAAGCUAGCCUACUUCAAUUAGCUUCACAUUCCAGAUCAGGCUUUUAUGAAGCUAGCCUACUUCAAUUAGCUUCACAUUCCAGAUCAGGCUUUUAUGAAGCUAGCCUACUUCAGUUAGCGUCACAUUCCAGAUCAGGCUUUUAUGAAGCUAGCCUACUUCAGUUAGCGUCACAUUCCAGAUCAGGCUUUUAUGAAGCUAGCCUACUUCAAUUAGCUUCACAUUCCAGAUCAGGGUUUUAUGAAGCUAGCCUACUUCAAUUAGCUUCACAUUCCAGAUCAGGGUUUUAUGAAGCUAGCCUACUUCAAUUAGCUUCACAUUCCACAUCAGGCUCGUACUACUACGGUGGAUAUUGCUCUUCCGCCUGCCGCUAACUCUAGCAGGCUGGUUACUGCGCGUGCAUGUAGCACAUGGCUAGUCGAAUGCCAAACUCGUCAUUGAGACAAUGCUGAAACGUCAAUCUAUGGGCGAGUCAGUGCCACACUAUGAUUUGUGCCGAAAUUUAGAAGUGCCAUCUUUAUUUGAUUACUUAUCGUUAAUUCUAAGUUUGUUGUGCUUUUGUGUGCUCAUCAAUGCACGAGCACCUUCUGUAGAACAGCUUGUUGCGUUGUGGCCACAGACAUAUAAUCCAUAGCAGGGUUUUGGAACCUCUAAACCUGGCAAUUUGACUGUAACCUAACAUAGCAGGCAUAAAAGAAACACCUGAAACUAGAUCCCCUACAUACUGGUCUUGACGAGAAGAAAAAGGUCAUUUUCUGCACUGUUCAACCAAUCCAGUUAAUAUGGAGGAGGUGUUAAGAUGGGGUGUCAUGCUGUUAAUGUCUGAAAGCAGAAGUCGCGCCACAGGCUCUUUUUCCAUUUCCCCUGAAAACCAGCACAUCCAGUUGUUGGGGACUCAACAGAGGCUACAUACACUAGCAAUGGCUGCCAGUCUUCACUUGAAUGGGAACUGCCAUCUAUGGAUUAUGGUUGGUUGCCUUUCGCAAAUUUCAAAAUACAAUUGCACAAAAAAACAUACCGUUUGGAAAGCAAGUACUGUCAUUACUAAAUGUGUCAUGUGAUAGGUGUUAAAAAUAUAUAUAUUUACACACAAAAAACAUUUUAUUAAUAUAUUUAACCAAUCGUCUUCCUCAAAUGAAGGGGGUAAUGACCCAAUCUUUGCGAGAGGGAGGGUAUCUGAUUUCAUUGGUCCUCAUGGCUCAGACACUUCAUUCAGGAUAAAUGGAGUUAGUCCUGAGUUAGCCUUCAGGUUAGACACAGCUUGAGUCCAGUCUCUUUGCUACAGGAAGUAAUCCUUCUACUGAGGUUCACAAUGAGACAGAGAGCCAUUUCCACUUCCCCCCUCACUUCCUGUCUGCCUGUAUACCUUCCAGACCAUUCCAACAGUAGAAUCUUUAGACCACCCUUGCCCCCCCCCUUUUCAUCUGCUCUUCUCCCCUCCCUCACCUCUCCUUUCCCCUAUUCUCAUACCCUCUGCCUCCACC